CUUCUUUUCGCAUCCACGACCUUUCAGGGUUAGGGUUGACGUGGUGGUGAGUUUGGGGAAGUAUAAAAAUACAAUUCUAACCAGCGCACAUACUUUUAACCAGACUCACAAGUCAGUUCAAGGCUGUAAGUUUCUAGGAAAAAUGGCUCAGCAGAACGUUCCUACCUUCAAGCUUGUUCUCGUUGGUGACGGUGGUACCGGUAAGACCACCUUCGUCAAGCGUCACUUGACUGGUGAAUUUGAGAAGAAAUACAUUGCUACUUUGGGUGUCGAAGUCCAUCCUCUUCAUUUCCACACCAACUUUGGUGAGAUCUGCUUCAACGUGUGGGAUACUGCUGGCCAAGAGAAGUUGGGCGGUUUGAGAGAUGGUUACUACAUCCAAGGUCAAUGCGGUAUCAUCAUGUUCGAUGUUACUUCUCGUAUUACCUACAAGAACGUUCCUCACUGGUGGCGCGAUCUCGUUCGUGUCUGUGAGAACAUUCCCAUCGUUCUUUGCGGUAACAAGGUUGAUGUGAAGGAGCGUAAGGUUAAGGCCAAGGCUAUCACCUUCCAUCGCAAGAAGAACCUUCAAUACUACGACAUUUCCGCCAAGUCCAACUACAACUUCGAGAAGCCCUUCUUGUGGCUUGCUCGCAAGCUGGUCGGCAACCCCAACCUCGAGUUCGUUGCCUCUCCCGCUUUGGCUCCUCCCGAGGUCCAAGUCGACCAACAAUUGCUUGCUCAAUACCAGCAAGAGAUGAACGAGGCUGCCGCCCUUCCUCUUCCCGACGAGGACGAUGCUGAUUUGUAAGCUCGUUAACCGCUUCGUCUUGAUUAGAGGAUGCACAUGUGUUCGGGUUGGUACUUAAAAACUGAAUAGUAAAUGGAAAUGACGCGGUGUUGCUAGAAUGAA